AUGGCGGAGUUGAUCAACCUCUUCCCCAGGGAUUACUUUAUUUUCAGCUACGCAUCCAAUAUUAAACCCUGUGGGAAACUUGCUUCCUGUAUCAAUCGGAUCGUCAGAGAAACAAACUUCACAUAUGCAGACGACACCACCUUGAUUGCUAAAACAGCAGCAGAACUCCAAGACCAGAUUGACCGAAUCAAACGGACCAGUGAGGAAUACGGACUGUGCCUCGACGUUAGGAAGACAAACGUUACGAUGAGUGGAGGAGUGACAGACCAGCAAUUACAAGAUGAUGGCGAGGACAUUGAAGUUGUCAAGACUUUCAACUUCCUGCGUUCCCUAAUUGUCAGUGAUGGCGGAAGCUCUCAAGAAAUCAAAAGACGUCUCGCGAAGGCAAGGUCAGCAGCCUUCGCCCUCACCGACAUAAUGGAAGGACAGAGGAAUUUCUAG